ACAGUGUUUAUUUUCCCUCAAGUACAAAAAAACCGCAUUUGGCGAGUUCAGAUAUUUUUCACCCACUAUCUCUCUCCUUCAACCCAUCAAGGGUUUUACUUUCAGCUUAAACCCCUCCCCAUGGCUGCUUUGACGAUGAGAGCUGCUGCAGCGGUGGCAGUGCCCCGCAGUUUCUGCCGACUCUUUUGCACUAAUCCAAUUGCUUCUUCUCCAGCUUUCCCUUCUUUCUCUUCAUCGCCGCCUUCCGCUCGACAGAUGGCCGAGCCUAGCACCAACCUCUUCGUCUCUGGGCUUAGCAAACGUACUACAACAGAGACACUGAGGGAAGCAUUUCAAAAGUUCGGCGAAGUUGUUCAUGCAAGGGUGGUAACAGAUCGAGUCUCAGGUUACUCCAAGGGAUUUGGUUUUGUGAAAUAUGCUACUUUAGAAGAUGCUGCUAAGGGCAUUGAAGGCAUGGAUGGCAAGUUUUUGGAGGGCUGGGUUAUAUUUGCAGAGUAUGCAAGACCAAGACCACCACCCGGUGAAGCUGUAAAUAAUACGGGCCGACCUUAUUAAUUUAUGUUCAUCCGAAACAUUUUUGUGCCUCAUUGAUAUAUGUUUGAAUUUGCAAAUCAGAAAGUAUUAUUUAUUUAGUCAUUGGCAUAGAUGAUGAUGCCUAGCCAGUCUUAAAUUAUCUACAAAAAUUUGGCCGUUGUAAUGGGAGGAUAAUCUUCUAUGAUAUCGUUGUAAUGCAAGAUUUCUCUUUGAUAUGCCUGGAACUUUUUUUUGAA